AUGGCCGCUACAGUGCGCAAGUUUCGCCCUGUGGUGAUUUCCGGGCCAUCAGGGACGGGCAAGUCCACGAUCCUUAAGCGGCUCUUUGCCGAGUUUCCUGAUAAGUUCAGCUUCUCCGUAUCUCAUACCACCCGAGGCCCUCGUGCUGGCGAAGUCGAUGGUCGCGAAUACUACUUUACAAGCAAGGAAGCCUUUUUAAAUCUUGUUGACGAAGGCGGCUUUAUCGAAUAUGCUCAAUUCGGUGGCAAUUACUAUGGAACGAGCACCAUGGCGGUGAAAAAUAUUAGCGAAAAAGGGAGGGUUUGUAUAUUGGAUAUUGAAAUGGAGGGAGUCAAGCAAGUCAAAAAGACCGACCUUAAUGCCCGAUUCCUAUUCCUCGCCCCUCCAUCUAUCGAAGAACUAGAGCGCAGACUCCGUGGCCGCGGAACAGAGACGGAAGAUAGCCUCAGUAAACGGUUGGCGCAAGCAAGCAAUGAACUAGAAUAUGCCAAGCAGCCGGGAGCUCAUGACAAAAUCGUAGUCAAUGAUGAUUUUGACAUAGCUUACAAGAGUGUGAGAGAUUGGAUCGUGGAUAAUGGCAAUUUUGGCGCAACACUUUGAGUUUCCACAGGUCUGGCCUUUUUUUUCAUGUAUCUAUUGCUAGCCGAGAUACCCUGUUCUCUCAUGGAUAUAUAAAAUACAGAAUGUUGCAAAAGAA